UCGAGCUUUAAAUUUUUCUCGCUCAAGAAGAAAUAGAAUAAAAAUAUAUUUUAACCACAUAAUAAUUUCUUCUGUUCUAUCUAUCACUAUGUAUAAAAAAUAAAAAUGGUUUUAGGAUUUGACAUUCUAACGUUUUCCACGAUUUUCUUUUCAUUUAAAAAUGAGUGAAGGAGCUGUUGAUUGGCCUGGUUUGUUGAAGUGGUCGUUGAAGUAUACCGAUUCAACGAGAGCUAAAAACUUAAAAUCUUUGUCUAAGGAAGACGUUGAAUUUAUUGAAACGGCUAUAAAAGAAUCCGGUGCAACAAUAGAUCCAUCAAAACUUAUUGAAGAAGCUGUUCAACAUUUCACCAACGAUUCCCUUACAGAGACCGAUAAAAUAACAGCUCUUGUUACAAUAAAAGAUUGUGUUGACGAUUUUCCUGAAGUUUCUCGCCACCUUGACAGCUUACAAGUCUUACCGAUUUUGUUGAAAGCUAUACAAAUGAAUCAUGAAGAAAUUCGCAAUGUUGGCUAUCAUAUACUAUCUUUUUCAUUGUCAAAUAAUGAGAAGAUACAAAUAGAGUUUUGGAAGGCUGGCGGUUUAAUUGAAUUGUUAAAAGAUCGUGAGGCUUUACUGACAAAUCCACUAAAUUUAAGUGCUCUUUCAAGUCUUAUUCGUCAGGUCAAAAAUAUUGAAGAGGACUUUUUAAAAUUGGGUGGUUUCGAGAUUAUAAGUACUGGAAUACAAUCCCCAAAUUCAAAAAUUCAAAUAAAAGCUGCCAAUAUUUUCAAACAUCUUGCAAUUGAUGAAUUAUGCACCAUUAAGGAAAUUCUUCAAGCUAAAAUUCCAGAAGCUUUCGCGUUUAUGAUAAAAAAUAUUUCUAAUACAUUUGAUUCCAUCCAAUUGGGAGAAUCGUGUUGCUUUGCUGUGCAAGAAUUGUUACAAUGUUUAACCAAUGUUUCCUCUUGUGAAGCUGAACAGUUAGAAGAAGUAGUAAAAGAAAGAAAUCGCGCUCUAGAAUUACUUAAAGAAUCCAUACACUAUCGCUUUAAAAACAUUGACCCACAGGACCAAUCAUAUGAGCAAGAAAAAAAAGUAUGGCUUAAUCUACUUUACUCCCUACAAAAACAACAGCAUUUCAAUUAACAACAAAAACGCAGACUGUUUAUUUCAAAGGUAUUUUUUUAUGAUGUCAGUAAAUUUUAAAAAGUACAUCUAGUCGAAUAUACAGCUUAAAAUAUAUUUACAAAAAUAUUUCAUUUUUUUUUAUUAAAAAUUUAGUAUCAGAUAUUGUUAGAAAUUAAAAAGCUACAUAGAAGCUUUUUUUUUAUAUGUGGAAAUUUUUCCAUUAUAUAAACACAUAAAUUUUGAGAACGUUAAAAACGAGUUUUUAUUGUCGACGUUGUAAAAAUUGUGAAAGAGAAAAAUAAAAGUCUCGGUAAUGUUUUUCUAGAUUUUUAUUGUACUAAAUGGUAGAAAAUUUUUAGUUUUGCAGUCAUUUUUUGAAAAUUUUGUUUAAAAUGAACAAGACUAAGAUAAAACUUUAUUUAUCGAAAUAGCAGAACAAAAAACACCGUAAAUUAGAAAAAGCAAAUAAAGACGAUUAAAAUAUUACACACUAACAUUACAGGAGUUUUUGAAUAUAUGGUUUUAUUAUAAUAAUUUGAAAUAAACUAAUUUAAAAAACGAUUGUUACAAAACCAUUUCAAAACACUUUAACUCAUUAUAAAGUAGUAGCGUAAACAAACUGGUUCAUGCUUUAUUUUACCCUCUAGUUAUAGAAGAUUGUAUGCCUACAUGUUUUCUUUUUGUUGCAUAGCUGAUAAGACUACAUGUUGUCUCAUCCACUUUGGUUAAGAUCGAGAGUAUUUUCAAAAGUGAAUCAAAAAGAAUUCAAACAAUAAAAAAAAAAGAAAACAGGGUUAAUUAUUUUUUAACCGAGAAAUUUGAAAACAAGUGGAGUGCAUAAAAUAAUUCAAGAACAAUGGCUACCACUACCGUUUCACGCGAUUAGUAUGUCUUUAUUUUGGAUAAAACAUAACACUCUAUGCAGUAGAGGGAUAAUAAAGUCUAAGAACGUUUUUUUUUUAUAGUGACCUUCUUUUCAAAUUAGUGCUCAUUGGUGAUACUGGGGUAGGAAAAUCCUGCAUUCUUUUACGUUUUGCGGAUGACUCUUUUACUGAUUCAUAUAUAACAACAAUUGGAGUUGACUUU